AUGCCGCCGAAACAGCAACCAAGUAAAAAGGCAGAACAAAAGAAGAAAGAGAAAAUCAUCGAGGAUAAGACGUUUGGUAUGAAAAACAAGAAAGGGGCUCAAAACCAGAAAUAUGUUCAACAAAUACAAAAUCAAAUACGAAACAAUAACGCUCGAUUGGAUCAAAUAAAAGCUGCCGAGGCGAAGAAGAAGAAGGAGCUAGACGAUUUACGUGAUGUUACCAAACUUAUAAAGCCGGUGGAGCAGAAAGUACAGAGAGAUGUCGAUCCAAAAUCAGUGGUGUGUGCGUUCUUCAAGCAAGGAAUGUGCCACAAAGGAGCUAAGUGCAAAUUUAGUCAUGAUCUAGCUGUUGAGCAAAAGACCCAGAAAAAGAACCUCUACGUCGAUAGCCGAGAUUUGAAGAAAGAAGAUGAUAACAUGGAAAACUGGGAUGAAUCCAAACUCAAUGAGGUUGUCAACAACAAGCAUGGUGAAGCGAAUAAGAAAUUGAACCAGACCACAAUUGUUUGUAAAUACUUCCUCCAAGCUGUUGAGGAAAGCAAGUACGGUUGGUUUUGGGAGUGCCCAAAUGGUGGGGAGAAGUGCCAAUACAGGCAUUGCUUACCAGAAGGAUAUGUGUUGAAGAAGGAUAGAAAGAAGAUGGAGGAACAAGAUAAGGAAAAUCAAAUUAGCCUCGAAGAGCUCAUCGAGAAGGAGAGAGCUGCCUUGUCUUCGAAGAAUCUCACGAAAAUUACACUCCAGUCGUUUGUAGCAUGGAAGAAAAGGAAGUUGAGAGAGAAAAAACAGAAGGAAGCUGAUGAAGAAAAAGCGAAGAAGGACAAGAUCAAAGCUGGAAAAGCUCUGGGUAUGAGCGGUCGUGAUUUAUUCACAUUCAAUGCCGAUGCUUGUGUUGAUGACGAGGACGCUGAAGACGUCGAGUUCGAGAAAGAGGAGGCUGACCCCGAUGAGAAGGUGUUCGAGAUCGAUAACAACUUCUUCAAAUUCGAAGGUAUGGAUGACGAUUUGGAUAACGAUGGAUCAGCACCUGCUGAAGGAACUAAUGCCGACGGUUUGGCUGCAGGUAUGGGUUCUAUAGCAAUUAAUGAGGAGUUAUUCGACGUUGACGAAGGACUAGAAGGGCUAUCUUCGGACGAGGACGAACCGACCGCCUCUCAAGUCGUGAGCUGA